AGUCUCAGGUUGUACAAAAUGCAUCUAUUUACCAUCACUUGGCCAACUACCAUUGCUCAAAGAACUAUACAUAAAAGACAUGCAUGCAGUAAAAAGGGUGGGUGCAGAAUUCUAUUGCAGUGGUAGCACUCUGGAGAUUCCAUUUCCAUCACUCGAGAUUCUACUGUUUGACAAGAUGCUAGAAUGGGAGGAAUGGUCUUUUUCCUAUGAUGUUGAUUUUAGAGGACUUUUCCCCUGCUUUCGUGAGCUUACUAUAUGCAAUUGUCCUAAACUAGUGAGUGUUCCACUCUUAAGACUUCUCUCUCUUCUCAAGUUAGAGAUAGAAAAUUGUGAUGAGGUGGUGUUGACAAGUUUUACCCAAUUGCCGUCAUUAAGCAGAUUGAAAAUUAAGAAUAUUUCGGGAAUAACUCAUCUGCAAACAAAAUUCAGGAAUGGGUUGGUGUCACUUGAAGAUUUGGAACUUUGGAAUUGUGUCACGUUGGUAACUUUGUGGCAGAAUGGGAUUACACCAGAAAAUCUUUCCCGUUGCAAACGCCUAGCGAUCUUGCAUUGUCCUCUACUUGUGCAACUGUUGGAAGAAGACCAAAGGCUACCUUGUAAUCUUGAACGUUUGGAAGUAUGCUUCUGUGAAAAUCUAGAGAGAUUGCCUUUUGGCCUGGAAAGCCAUACAUCUCUCAAGAAGGUGGAUGUCUUUAAGUGCCCAAAGCUAGUCUUUCUUCCGGGGCCGUCUCCCGUCCAUGCUUACACAUCUUUCCGUUCAAUAUGCUGAUUCUUUGGAGUCCAUCCCUAAUUCCAUCGCUUGUCUUGAAGAUUUGGGGUUCCGAAACUGCUCGUCUUUGAGAUCUGGGGUCAUAUUUUGUUAGUGUAAUCUGGCCAAUUGAAAGCAAACUAAUACUCAUUUUGAUAUGUGUUCACCUGUUGUUCAGUAUGCCCCUAAACUUCCUUAUUUUUUCUGGUGUUUGCAGCUGGUGAAGAUGCCUCUUUUAAGGAGCAACUUUCUUAUGUGCCAGCCACAGAUGAUUUUGGUUUGAAUUGUGCUUGUUAAAUAUUUGCUUGCCAUCUUUUUUUUUUCUCUUUAUAUUUUGUAUUUUCUUGUAUUAUAUUAUUGUCUAAGAGUGCACUAAUUGCUUGUAAUUUGUUCAAGGGUAUGUAACUGCCCACUUUUUUUUUUUCUCUUUCUGUUUUUUUUUGUUUUUUUGGGUAAGUUUCCAACUUGAUGUUGUAAAUGAAUGGUAUCAAGUUUAGCCAUGAGAUUGUUAUUCGAGAACUAAUGAAGGAUUUUAUACAUUUGCC